AUGGGCAAUGGUGUUGGAUGUGCAAUAUGUAAAAAUGGGUAUUACUAUGAGCAAAAGUUUUGUUAUGAAUGUGAUAAAUCGUGUGCAAUCUGUAAAAACUCAAUUUCAUGUUCGUUGUGUGCAGACACCUAUUUUUACUAUAAAAGAGACAGUGACUUGUGUAUCACUUAUGACAAGUUAAUGGGGUGCAAAAACAAGACGUCACAUGGCUGUGAUGUGUGUCAAAUGGGGUAUUACCUUACAGAUCCGUAUUGUUCCAAAUGUGCAGAGAAUUGUCUUUCAUGCACUUCAUUAAAAUCAUGUGAGAUAUGUAAUGUCACAGAUUACGUCUUGAAAGAUGGAAUUUGCUUGUAUUACACUGAAAUUGAAUUUUGCACUUCUGCUCACAAUGGAUACUGCACAUCAUGUAAAGGAAUGAGAAAACCGUCAGAUGAUGGUUUGUCAUGUGUGGAAGACAAAUUGAUCACAUUGAAACGAAUUGGUAUACCAAUCAUAGUCGUUGCAAUUGUAAUUAUCAUCAUAUCAACAACAACGACUUGCAUUCUAUUCAAUGUUUAUAACAACAACAACAAAAAUAAAAAGAAGACCAAAAAUGUGUGUGUUUUUCAAAUAAAAAAAUCAAACAUCAAAUUUGUCAAAAUAUCGAAAGAAAUAUCAACAAACAAAACAGAACUGAUUUUUGAAAGUAGUAAUGAGGGUGGAGAGAUACUGGUAAAUGAAUUUAGUCGCGAGUUGUUGUGUCUUGGUAACAACACAACACAUCAUAUAAAAAUGCAGUUGAAAAUGAAAGAAGGGAAUGAUGUUUAUAAAAUCCAAGCCAAUCCCCCUCUUGUGACAUUGAAAUCAAAUUAUGCUUGCGAAUUUGAAAUUUCUAUAAAGCCAAAUUUCACAUCAAAAAUAGAAGACAAAAUAGCGUGUGUGACUUUGAACAUCACCAAAGGAACAGAAGAUGUCAUUGAAAUACCAAUCAGAGCAACAACUGUCAUGUCAUAUCGUCUUGAUUAUCACGAAUUGAUAGAAGAUAAGAAAAUUGGUGAAGGCUCUUUUGGAAUAGUUUACAAAGGCACUUUUAGAAAAAAUAUGGUUUGUAUCAAGAAGAUGAAAGAACUGUUAAUAAACCAAAAAUCACAAGAAAAUGAAUUUGAGAAGGAAGUUUCUAUGUUAGACAAAUUUAGAAGUGAUUACAUCGUCCACUUCUAUGGAGCAGUCUUUGUGCCAAAUAAAGUGUGUAUGGUCACCGAAUUUGCAGGAUUUGGAAGUUUACAAGACUUGAUGAAACACAAAAAAGUGAUGAAAUUGAUAUGA